AUGGACGACGUCGAGGUGAAGAAUGCCCGCGGCACUCUCGUAGACACGUACGGCAACCAGUUCGAGAUUCCCGACUACACCAUCAAGCAGCUCCGCGAUGCUAUCCCUGCCCACUGCUUCGAGCGUUCGGGCGCCCGCGGUCUGGGCUACGUUGCCCGCGACAUCGCUUGCCUCGCUGCCACCUUCUACCUCUGCCACAGCUACGUGACUCCUGAGAACAUUCCUUCGACCGCGGCCAGGGCUGCGCUGUGGGCUGGAUACACCUUUGUGCAGGGCUUGUUCGGAACCGGUCUCUGGGUGCUUGCCCAUGAGUGCGGCCACCAGUCGUUCUCGCCUUCCAAGAAGCUGAACGAUACCGUCGGCUGGCUCUGCCACUCCGCUUUGCUUGUCCCUUACUUCUCGUGGAAGAUCUCCCACGGCAAGCACCACAAGGCCACCGGUCAUAUGGAGCGCGAUAUGGUGUUCGUACCGAAGACGAGGGACGAGUAUGCGUCGCGCAUCGGCAAGCUAGUACACCAGCUCCAUGAGCUGACCGAGGAGACCCCCAUUGCUACCGCUAUUCACCUGGUCCAGCAGCAGCUCGGCGGAUGGCCUACGUACCUCCUCAGCAACGUUACUGGCCACAACUACCACGAGCGACAGGCCGAGGGUAAGGGUGUCGGGAAGAAGAACGGUUUCGGCGGCGGUGUCAACCACUUCUUCCCCUCCAGCCCGCUUUACGAGAAGAAAGACGAGCACCUCAUCCUCCUCAGCGAUCUCGGUCUUGCCAUCACCCUCGGUGUACUCUUCUAUGUCGGGAAGACAUUCGGUUUCGCCAACCUGUUGGUCUGGUACAUCCUUCCGUACCUGUGGGUGAAUCACUGGCUCGUGGCCAUUACUUUCCUACAGCAUACCGACCCCACGCUCCCUCACUACGACGCCCACACCUGGACCUACACCCGCGGAGCUGCCGCCACCAUCGACCGCGAAUUCGGCUUCAUCGGACGCACUCUCUUCCACGGCAUCAUCGAGACCCACGUCCUCCACCACUACGUCUCCACGAUCCCCUUCUACAACGCCGACGAGGCGUCCGAGGCGAUUAAGCCGGUCAUGGGCAAGCACUACCGAUCCGAUACCGAGGGCGGCUCCAUUGGCUUCCUCCGCGCUCUCUGGAGGAGCGCUCGCAUGUGCCAGUGGGUCGAGCCCAGCGAGGGCGCGCAGGGCGAAGGCAAGGGCGUCUUCUUCUUCCGCAACAGGAACGGUCUGGGUACCGCGCCGCAGAAGCUUUCCGCCCCGGUCCCGAAGCAGACCGCUGGUAAGGGCGCGAAGAUGGAGAUUGGCGCCGAGAGCGACAACGAGUGA